UAUUAUACACCAGCCCACAACAAAACAUUUGCUCUCGACUGUUUAUCGGAAGUUGUCAAUUGCAGAAUAUUAUUAUCUUUUUUAACUACUCAUGUAUCAAGUGUUUCCCCGCAUCCCAAUCCGGUCGCUGCAGCCGCAGACAAAACCCGGAAAAUACGGACGCUGACUGGCUAGCGUGCGCUUCCCGUUAUUUGGCUCAUCUUAACCCAGAAUUUGAGAAAAAAGCUGUGUUUAAUUGUCUGCUGACACGUUGAGCUAUCCGUCAUCAAAAGCUCGUUACAAUCCGCCGCAUGUAUCUUUACGGUAUCUGCAUUCGUCCAAUUUAAACAGAUGGAGAUACCGCCCCUGGCUGAAUGGAUACUGUUUAUCAUCCUAAUCACAUUUCCCAUUAAACGAUACUGAUUGAGCCGACAAUCUGUCAUACAGUGAACUACUGUAACAAUGUAAACUGUCGCUCGUUUGUCUCAAUACAGCUUUUUUCUGACCACGUGAUCGCGUCCGAAAUGAUUGGCCAAAAACUGGGACUGGAAACGCUGGGAAUGUGAUAUUUUUCGAUGAUUUUAUAAGUAGCAAAGUGCAAGUUAUUUGUUUUUUCAUCAUGAGUGCUCUCACCAGUAAUUGCUCCGCGUUCCUGGCAACGAUCAAAAGGAAUCCAAACACGACGUUCGAUAUCGACCGCUAUCUCCAGUGCAUCUUUGGACCGGCUACCACGAAUUCUGCAAUACCAUCAACCAUUGUGUAUUGUCUUCUAUUCCUUACCGGGAUGACCGGAAAUCUGGCUACCGCUAUCACCAUAUUAAAAAAUGCCCGAACCCAUACACCCACUAAUUAUUACCUACUUUCACUUGCCGCAUCCGAUAUCUUUAUUUUACUACUCGGAAUACCUGACGAGAUUCGCGGCUUUUGGAGCCAGUAUCCUUUUCCUUUUGACAUCUGGUUUUGCCGGUUUCGGAGUAUGGCAAGCGAAGCAUUUCUCUACAUAUCAAUAAUGACCAUUUUAGCCUUCACGAUCGAACGACAUCUUGCGAUAGUAUACCCUUUACUAUCUCGUAUGUUUAUGACCAGUAGAAAGAGCCGCAUCUGGAAGAUUGUGUUUUUUAUAUGGAUUUUCGCCAUUCUAAAUGCUGUUCCGUAUGGAGUAUUUUCGGAAAUAAAUUAUCUCCCUUAUCCUGGCGAUCCCAAACGUCUUAUAAAAGAAUCCGCCUGGUGUGGAGUAGCCUGGGAGCACAUAAUAAUAAGGAGGUUCUUGGAGUAUUCCUUUGUGGCGUUUUUCAUGCUGCCCUUUGUGGCGCUUGCUGCACUAUACAUACAGAUCGGGAUAACAUUGUCCCAGCAAGCCGUAUUAAAGACGCAAAUUGCUCGAACACCCCCUCUGCACUCGCCGUCCGACCGGACUCCACUCCCUGCCGGCGAUCCGCAUCCCGCUCCUCCUCCCAACAAUAACGUGGAGACCCGGAAAAACUACCGACAUUUACGGUCCAGAAUAUCUGUCAUCAAGAUGCUUGUGGGAAUUGUGGCAUCGUUCUUCAUUUGUUUCUCAGUAUUUCAUGCUCAGCGCCUGAUGACGAUGUAUGUUGACUGGACAACCGCGUCGGAUUUCCUGAAAAAUUUGUAUACAGAUUUGCAUAAGGUUUCCGGCACACUUUAUUAUUUGAACCCGACACUGAAUCCGAUUAUGUAUGCAUUACAUACAAAGAAAUUCAGAUAUCUGUUGCGGAAGUGGCUGCUUCCUUGUGGAUGGACAGCAUCUGAUUCCAGACGUCCGUCUACAUUUUCGUACAGCCAAACCAGUAACAUAAGCCUGCGCAGAAGAACUCUUACAACCACGCAGGGCGCUAGCAGUGACGAACUGGAAACCAUGGUUCCCACGGCUAACAAUGGUGGAACAGGACAUCAGUCUGACAAUGAGCAGCUGACUCCUUUUUGAUGGGCUUCCUUGUUCAUGCUAUCACACGAAAUUAAGUUCAGAGAUGAUUUUGUUGAGCUCAUUUGGAAGGAGAGUAAACUAAGAUUUUUAUUUGAGAUUUAGCUUAUGGUGGGCGUUAAAGGUGUUGAUGCGAGCUUUGCUUUACGCAUUUGUUGUAAUUUCUGGAUUACCUUAGGAACGUUCUGUAGAACAAUGUAGUGCUUUGUAAAAUGCUUAUUUCUAUCUGUAAUUCUGUACUGUAGGUGGAAUAGCAUAGCAACAGUUGAACUUAGAAGCUAGCAUAUGUACAAUACAUAUAGCGUCGGUCUGGUACCAACGCAAUAAUUUUUGCUAGAAUAUGACAACCGGCAUGUCAU